CGGCCCACGAUCUCGGCCCACGGUCUGAGGUAUGAUUUGGGCUUGCAAGGUCCACAUUUCGGACAAGAUUGUGUUCCUUCUGCAAUGUUCAGACUCUUUGUCUUCCUCACACUGAAGCUCCGCGUCAGAACACGCUCCUUCCCAUGUGUGGGCAGCCAAAUUAGACCGUACGAGAGACACUUGUUGCUGAGUAGGCUCCACUUCGACCUGUAUCAACAGCUACUGUUGAGAUAUUUGAACUUUAGUCUAUAUAUAAACAAACAAACGCAGAGCAGAGCUCCAUGGAUUUCAGUCUCCAUAGUGGGAAUACAAACGAAGAAAGAACAAUCUCUCUCUUCUUGCUACUCUUUUUUUACGGCCGGAAAUGGGUAUUGGAGAAUACUGGUGCGGCAGUCCAGGCACCGAGACUAUUCAGCUAGGGAGGAAGAGCGGCGCUUCUUCAUCUUCUUCUUCUUCUUCUUCCAGUGGAAUCAUGCGCAAGGCGAGAUGGAAGCUGGUUUUGUUGAAUCUGGUGAAGGAAAAGAGUGCUACUACUGCUCAAUACGAUGAGUUCAGUUAUGCCCUCAACUUCGAUCGAGGGGAUGCAGCCGCUGCAGAAGCAGCCAUGGAUGAACCAGAAUACUUCCGCCAAACUUUCUCCGUCCGGUAUGCCGAUCCCUCCACCCACCGCCUCUGCAGCAGCAACAACAAAAACCCCUCUCUGCUUUAAUCCUUUCCUUCCUUCCUUCCUUCCCCUGCCUUUGUUUUUAGCCCUUUCGAUCUGGUAGGUAAAUGUAUAGCAGUGUAGGAGCUGUGGCAUUCUGCUGUAAAAAAAAGACUACAGUUCUGUUAUGCCAUUCAUAGAUAGAUGCUUGCAAUCUUCUGUUGCUUGUCUACGUUUUUCCUUGUCCUUCAAUGGAUGAUGCUGCUGACAGAAUCAAGAUGUGAUCUGUGUAAUGAUCUGCAAUUGCGUGUUUACAGGUAGGCUACAAAUACAAUUAUACAUAGUACGCUUUGCUGUGACUAAUGUAGAUUCCAAUAAUUGCGCUUUCUGGCU